AUGAUCGAUGGUAAGGGGCCAUCGCUCCCAAAAUUUUGGGAAACUCUGUGGGCUUGCCUUGCUAGACUUUUUCAAAAAUCCGAAGGAGACAUUGACGAUUGUGAGAUUGCUGUUUCAGAGACUCUUGCUGAUUCCAAAUUCAGCUCAAGAAUAGCUGCCACUGCCUUGAACCUGGGUUACUUAAUUUUAGAAAAGAAGGAAUGUGGGGAGGAGAGGGAGAGUGAAGUUUGGUUUGAAUCUGGUAGAUUGGUUUCACUUGAGUUGGAAAGUAUAAAACUCAGUUUUCAGUUAAUUCAGCAGUUUGGGAAAUUCUGGGGUCUUAAGGUUUAUCUGGCAAUGGCUGAGUUAAAGGGCAUUGACAAUCUUGUAGCUGCUAGGGAAGUUCUGAGGAGUAGCUUAGAGAAAUCUAGAAAUAUAGCUUUUGAAAUUAGAAAAUCUGGCCCUAAAUUGGAGAUGACCAUCCAGACAUUGCCAUCAUUGGAGGCUGCAAUCAAAGAUAUAGCGCGUAAAUGUGAUGUUUGCUCGAUCAGAACUCAUAUUGAUCGCGUUGUUGGCCCUGCUGCUGCUGUUUUGAAGGUGUUUGAUGCAGUCCGUGAGCUUGAGAACUUGGUCUCAGCCGACCCAUGUUCCAAUUUAUUUGGUUACCUCUCCAAUGUCAAACGGCUUGAAGAAGCACUGAAGUUUCUUACUGAUAAUUGCCAACUAGUAAUUCUGUGGCUGGAAGAUGUGGAACAAUUCCUGGAAGACAAAGCAGUCUCUGAAGAUUGGUAUAUUUUGAAUGUGAAGAAGAGUUUGAGAAUACUUCAGGAGUUGAAGGCAACUGAGGAACAUUCUCGUUUCAAUGGAGGGCUUCUGAAUUCCACCUUCAACAAGCUGGAAAAUGAAUUCAGGCGUCUCUUGGCAGAGAACAGUUUUCCGGUAUCAAUGGCUUCCACAGGAUCGUCCCUGGCUGAUGAAACCUGCACUGAUCCGUUACUUUUGCCACUGCCUGUUAUUUGCAAGCUGCAAGCCAUUAUUGAGAGGUUAACUGGUAAUAAUCGGCUUGAAAAAUGCAUAUCCAUUUAUGUUGAAAUAAGGAGCUUGAAUGCUCAAACAACUUUACAAGCUCUUGACUUGGAUUACCUUGAGAUGUCAAUAUCAGAAUUUGACAGUGUACAAACCAUAGAGGGCUACAUAGAUCAGUGGGGGAAGCAUUUGGAAUUUGCUGUGAAACAUUUACUUGAGCUGGAGUACAGGCUUUGCAAUGAUGUAUUCCAGAACUUUGGAUCGGAUGUUUCGAGGGACUCAUUUGCAAAGAUUGCUGUGGAAUCUGGAAUGCAGAAUUUCAUUAGAUUUGGGAGCACAGUCACCAAAUGUAAGAAGGAAGCAGUCAAGCUCUUCAAGCUAUUGGACAUUUUCACAGCUUUAAACAAACUCAGAUUGGAUUUUAACAGACUAUUUGGUGGGAAAGCCUGUAUUGAAAUCCAAAAUCAGACAAGAGAUCUCAUCAAGAAGAUUGUUAACGGGGCAUCUGAGAUUUUCUGGGAACUCUCUUCUCAGGUUGAGCUGCAACGCCAUUCUAGUCCUCCUUCGGAUGGCAGUAUUCCAAGGCUUGUAAGCUUUGUCACUGAUUACUGCAAUCAGCUGCUCGAGGACGAUUAUAGAUCAACCUUGAUCCAAGUUCUGGAGAUUCAUAGAGGUUGGAACCAUGAGAAAUAUGAAGAGGGUCUUCUUUCAGAAGAGGUCUAUAAAAUCAUCAGGGCACUUGAGCUCAACUUGGAGAAAUGGGCAAAUACAUACGAGGACUCCACCCUGUCCUACCUAUUCAUGAUGAAUAAUCGUUGGUACUUCUGCAAGAACCUGAAGGGUACAAAACUGGGUGAUUUAUUGGGAGAUUCUUGGUUCAGAGGACACGAAGAGUACGUUGAAUAUUAUGCAGCACUCUACUUGAGAGAGAGUUGGGGGAAACUCCCGGCUCUUUUAAGUGAAGAGGGUCUGAUCCUAUUCUCCAGUGGGAGAGCGAUUGCUCGUGAUCUAGUGAAGAAGAGGCUCAAAGCAUUCAAUGAGGUCUUUGAUGACAUGUAUAAGAAGCAAUCUAACUGGGUUUUGUCUGAUAAAGGUUUAAGAUGGAAGACAUGCCAACUUGUAGUGCAGAUUAUAGUCCCCCUCUAUAAGAGCUACAUGCAGAAUUACAUGCAUUUGAUGGAACAAGGGGGAAGUCCAAGCAAGUGUGUGAAAUAUUCUGCAGAAAGCUUGGAGAAUAUGCUGAGCUCUCUGUUUCAGCCAAAGCUAGGGAAGUAUGGUAGCACUAAGUGCACACAUUUGAUUGGUAAGAUAAAAGAUGUUGUCUACAAUCACUUCUCCUCCACUCCUGCUGCUGCAUGA